GUAAUAGUUGCCGUCAAUAGUGAGGGUGUGGUGAGGCGGACUGAGGACACGUGUCGCAAGAGGUUCUAUGACAUAAAGCGGCGUGUCAAGGCCAAGAUGGCCAAAGAGGCAAAAUCAGCCCGCAAAACCGGAGGUGGCCCCCCUUUCCGGGCAACCUAUCGGGAGUGGGAGGAGCCUGUGCGGGCACUGAUUCCUGCAGAAGUGGUGUCUGCAACUCAUGUCCGGGAUUCGGACCGACCCACGCAGGAUGUCCGACAGACCAGCCGGCCAGACAGGCCUCAGACAACUCAGGAUGAUGCUGGGAUUGCAGGUUCUGCUUCUGUAAGCCUACCUCCUCUAAGGCGCCCAUCACAGGGCUCGGGGCACUUACCCAGGAGGCCAAGUAAGACACGGCGUCUUGGCACGGAAUCUGCGGCUCCAUCUUCCCCACCCAGGCGGCGCAUUUCUGCAGUGUCACCCCAGCCACCACUGGCACUAUUGGCGAGUCCACAGAGUGAUGAGCCCCGAUCACCUCAGUUAUCUGAGCCAAGCUUGAUGGCCGACGUGGACCAGCAGGGACAAGACCAACAGGCAACCUUCACACUGCAACUAACACCUGUUGACCCGAGCCAGCCAAUACAGCUGCAGGAUAUCCCCCAAGCCUCCAUGAGUCCACAACUGGCACAAGCUUCACCCCAGCCACAAAUACCAGAUGACUUUUGGUCCAGUUGGACAAGCCAACAGGCCCAAAGCAAUGCCAGCCUGACCGCACAUACCCAACACCUUGCCAGUCUGCCCCAUCAUCUACCGCGCAUUAGUCGCAACUCGGGCAGACUGAUUGUCCAAGUAGGCCGAAUCGCAACAUCGAUGGAGCAAAUACGGGCAGACAACAACCAAAUGCUGGCUCAUUUAACGCGCAUCAUUGAUGAGCAACAGCGCCACCAACAAACACUCGUACAACUAAUACAGCACAACCAGGUUGUGAAUGAGUCUUUAUACCGGAUUAACCCUAAUGAAAACCCUGAUGCUAACCAUAAUACUAACAGUAACCCUACCUCUAAUAUAAACCCUAUCCCUAAUGGUAACACUAACAGUUACCCUGCCUCUAAUAGAAACCCUAUCCCUAACACUAACAGUAACCAUACCUCUAAUAUAAACCCUAUCCCUAACACUAACAGUAACCCUACCUCUAAUAUAAACCCUAUCCCUAAUGGUAACACUAACAGUUACCCUGCCUCUAAUAGAAACCCUAUCCCUAACACUAACAGUAACCAUACCUCUAAUAUAAACCCUAUCCCUAACACUAACAGUAACCCUACCUCUAAUAUAAACCCUAUCCCUAAUGGUAACCCUAACACUAACAGUAACACUAACAGUUACCCUGCCUUUAAUGGAAACCCUAUCCCUAACACUAACAGUAACCCUACCUCUAAUAUAAACCCUAUCCCUAAUGGUAACCCUAACACUAACAGUAACCAUACCUCUAAUAUAAACCCUAUACCUAAUGGUAACCCUAACACUAACAGUAACACUAACAGUUACCCUGCCUUUAAUGGAAACCCUAUCCCUAACACUAACAGUAACCCUACCUCUAAUAUAAACCCUAUCCCUAAUGGUAACCCUAACACUAACAGUAACCCUAUCUCUAAUAUAAAAACCUAUCCCUAA